CUUGCUUUCUGGCAGCCAAGCUGUCCUGGACAUUCCAUAAUUUUGGAACCAUGGUGUUAAGAUUCCAAACCAAUAGCCCUCAUUGCUAUGAGUCCUCCCAACCGCUAGAUGGUAAACAGACAUUCUUGGAAUUCUCAUCCGGGUCAGAGGUUUCACGGAGCCGGCUCUUUCCCAUCCUGUUUCCGGGCUCGGGGACCGAAGGCGAACCAUUGGGGUGAGAUGAAUCUGUUAUAAUGGAGCGUGUGACAAGGUAUAUGGGUUAGUUAGAGAGUGGUGAUCAGGAAGGAGAGCCUCAGUGGAGCUCUGUGAUUCAGCCCAUGGUGAUGGUCCAGGUACUGUCCCCAGUGUUACAGGGUAGCUUCUGACUGCACAUGUUAUUGUCACUUAUUGCCCCCUCUGUGUCUGUCUUACAGCCCCCUGGAUGGUUAAUGCAGAGAUUAAAGAGACUACGUGUGGAUUCUGUCACAACAGGAGAAAACAAGAGCAGGUGAAAUCUAAAAAUCCAUAUGUAUGUGUAUAUAUUGUGCAUGUGUAACUAAUGUAAACAUGUCACCAUUGUGUGUUUUGUAAAGUAACUACUUAUCUUGUAAUACAGUAAGUGCAUUUUGGGUUUUGUAUUUUUGUGGGGGGAAGGGGGGUGGGGGAUGAUGCAUGGCAAAGUAAAAAAAAAAAACUUGUGUAAGUUAUGGUAAGCUAUAAAUCUUUUAAUCCGGGGAUCACCAAUGGCUGACUUUGAGAAGUUGUAGAUCUACAACACAUAUGAUGAUUUGGCAGUUGUUCUACAACAUCUGAAUACCAAAUUUUAUUUUUUUUUGCCACUGUGCUGGAAACAAAUUUUAACCCUAAAGCAUCCCUCAUUUUCGCACGAACAGUGUGCGUUUUACCCAUUGCGCUCACUUCCUUUAACCCCUUAAGGACACAUGACAUGUGUGGCAUGUCAUGAUUCCCUUUUAUUCCAGAAGUUUGGUCCUUAAGGGGUUAAUGCUGCUUUACAGGCUGGUGCUCUUUGUGUGCAAUGCAUUGUGUAGUUCUCCAACAGCCAUUAAAUAUGCUCUGUUAUUUUAUGUAAAUAUAAAUUCCUUCUCCGUUGACACUCCAUGCAAGUUCACCCCCUUCAUUUAUGCACACCAAUCGUUUUCUCAAGUGAGAAUUGUCUAUUUUCAUUAACCCCUUAAGGACACAUAACAUAUGUGGCAUGUCAUGAUUCCCUUUUUAUUCCAGAAGUUUGGUCCUUAAGGGGUUAAAGGGUUACACUUCGCUGUUAUGGUGCCUGGAUUCUGUAUGUGCAGUGUUUCACUAUGGAACACUAUAAAUACAGAGUUUAAACUCUCUGCUGUUGGAGGUGUAACUUCGCCUACUGCAGCAUAAUUGGGAUGUCAUUAGCCAGCCUGGAGCAAGAGUUCCAGGUUGACUGACAGUUCUGUGCAUACGUUUUAUACCGUUUAAGCCUUUUAAGAGAUGGGGUGGCGGGGCUAACAUGAUGGUUUUCUGUGUGUUUUUUUUACACUAUUGGGUCAGGGAUACAUUUUUUUUUGUUCCUGACCGUAUAGUGUUCCAUUAAUAUUAAUUCUGUACUAUAAAGAUCAAUGCAGGCUGAUGAUGUUUAAGUCUAUAAUAUUCAUUGUUUCAAUGCCCUCUAUCUUCUCCAGACCUUGUUACUAGAUUGCAUUCAUGAUGUUUGACAUUGAAAGCUUACUGUCAGAAUUAUUUACUGAAGCGAGAAUUUUGGGGAGUUCAAAAGCCAAAUUAGUCAAAUCAGAAACAUAGCUAACUUUGGAAAUUUUUCCACCUUGGCUAUUUUGUUUUUAAAUUCAUAAUAUAGUGUAUAGUGUGUGUGUGAUAUGUGAACUUGUUAACAUUUUAAAUGCUUCUGCAAUGGUACGAAUGGAGCCGUGGCUGGUGAAAUUUGUUUGAGAGCACUGCACAUGAACUGUAGCUUCUGUAUGGAUUUAUUUGGGAUUGAACAAUUUAACAUUUAUCCUAAGUAUGUGUGGAUUGUUUGAUAUCAUUAAAGCAUUCUUGUUUCCCUCUAUAGUACAGUAGUGAGUAGUACGCACGUAGUGGUUGGCACUAUGAGGGGAGGGGGGCAUUAAGGCACUCCUGGUUCCAUAACUAAUACAUGAAGCUCUAGUGGUUAUGGUGUUUAACCAGGCAAGACAUGCUCCGUGUUCCUUCACCUACCACAGGGAGCCAAGUCUUUCAUUUACUUAAUAUUAUUGAAUGUCUUUGGUGUUUUCUCUCUCCCGCUGCACAUUACCUGUCAAUAAAAUAUAAAUAUUUUUUUUCUUUUUCUUUUUUUAUAUGCUUGACUGAUUUAUGGAAAAUUUGGAAAUUCUCAUUUAGAUUUCAAGAAAAUACCAUAACUCUGUGUAAUUUCAUCUUCCCUUCCUAUUACUGUCUUGGCAUUUAACGUUAUCCAAGUUCCUCACUAAAGUAAAUGUCAAAUUAUCCAGGGUAGCCAAACUGAAAGCAUAGGUGACGUACAGAAUUUUUUCAGUUUGGCUUUUUUGACAUGCACUUUGAAAUUCACUUUAAAUUCUCACUUUUGUGAAUAACCCCGUAUGUGUGUUUUUUUUUUUUUUUUUUUUUUUAUUUUUUUUAAUUUUUUUUUUUUUUUUUUUUCACUGUAGCCUAUGUGGCCCAGGAAGAAACAGUCAGAUGUCGGUUGAAGUAAAAACAGAGAACAUAAAGGUAGAAAUGGAGAGCGGUUCUUCCCAUUUUCGGGUGGAAAGACAUUCAUGGCAAGGUCUGAGGGAGAUAAUCCACGGUAGCCGGAAGUACCCUGGAAUCAUGGUAAACAAAGCUCCACAUGACUACCACUUCCUACCGCACAGAGAAGAAAACGGAACACAUACUCACCGCUUAUAUUUUUUGGGUGAGUCAAUCACAAAAGCUGGACUUCAUGGCUAUGGGCUGAUUUACCUAAUCUCUUUUGUUUGAGCAAGGGCCCACUCACAAGUCUUCUGUAUCUAUGGUUCAGGAGACAUUCGGUGAAUUAGAUGUUUACAAUUAGUUUGCUUCUUUCUUUAGGAAUGCCAUAUGGGAGCCGGGAGAAUUCACUUAUGUACUGUGAUAUACCUCGGAAGGUGCGCAAAGAAUCAACACCACAACUCGCCUGGAAGCAACUUCUAGAGCACUUCCAGGUGAGGCCAACUAGACAAAAUGUUUCUGUAUACCAGGGGUGCCCAAAAGGUAGGUCCCCAGAUGUUUUAAAACUACAACUUUUAUGAUGCUUUGCAAAUCAUUAUGGGAGUUGUAAUUUUAAAACCUCUAGGGAUCUACCUUUUGGGCAUUCAUGCUCUAUACCAUUAUGCAUUGAUAAAACUGGUUGCUGAGAAAUCUUGGAAUGGCUUUCUAGAGAUCACUGACUUUUAUAGUUCUUUUUCCAAGGCCACUCCUCAUCACGGCGUUUACUCACGGGAAGAAGAGCUACUACGGGAGCGCAAACGCCUUGGAGGUUUUGGAAUCACUUCCUAUGAUUUUCAUAGCCAAAGUGGACUUUUUCUUUUCCCUGCUAACAACAGCCUUUACUACUGCAGGGAUGGCCACAGCACAGGCUUUAUGGUAAUGUCUUUUUUUUUUUUUUUUGGUCAUAUUUUUUAAGACUGAGUGUGUUUAAAAAAAAAAAAAUUUUUUUUUUUUUUUUUUUUUUAAUGUAUUUAUUAAGAACUGGAGUCUUUAAUUGUAUUUCUCUCCCUCUGUGUAGGCAUCUCCUUCAACUCCAGUGGAGAUACAGACACAGUGUGACGGACCUCGAAUGGAUCCUAAGAUCUGCCCUGCAGACUCAGAUUUCAUUUCAUUUAUUAAUAGCAAUGAUUUGUGGGUAGCCAACAUACAGAGCAAAGAAGAGAGAAGGUUAACAUACUGCAACAAGGGUAAGACUAUCCUCUAAGUAGACAUUACUUAUUAAAUCUCUGGAGCAAAUGCUGAUCUCUGUCAUUUUCGUAUCUGUUUUAUUUCUCAUUGUGAUUUUUUUAGGUCUACGUACUGUAACAGAUGAUCCAAAAUGUGCUGGUGUGGCAACCUUUGUAAUCCAAGAAGAGUUUGAUCGUUUCACAGGAUACUGGUGGAGUCCUGAAGUUGUUGAGGGUAAGCAGGGUGUUCGCUUGCCUAAAAGCUUUGAAUUAUCAGUAGAAAGUAUUGUAUAACCAUGCUAAAUAUACAUAUGAUGCUGCUUCUUGGUUCUGUAAUAGGGACUAUUUCUUUCUCAAGGUCCUGAUGGGCUUCGAUUACUCCGUAUCCUCUAUGAGGAGGUGGAUGAGUCUGAGGUGGAAAUUAUACAUGUUCCAUCUCCAGCUCUGGAAGAGAGGAAAACUGAUGCAUACAGAUAUCCUCAUGCAGGUAAGAUGAUGGUUGACUGUUGCAACCUUGUAUGAUAUUCAGAAAUGUUUACAUAAUUAAGGUAUCUAAAAUACUAACUACAUCAUCAGAUGGUAAUGCAUCGACUAUCCUAAUACUUGCAUUCAACUGCUUUCUUCUAUUUACAUUGUGUUUGUUUUUUGUAUUUUUUGACCCUCCUAAAUCUUACUGACUUUCUUCUUUUUACCAGGAAGCAAAAAUCCCAAAGUAACCCUUAAACUAGCAGAAAUCACAACCAAUGAUAAGGGUGAGGUGAGUGUUGAUAAGAGGAUGCUUGAUUGAACUUUUUAUGCGCGGGAUAUGCAAACGUUGAAAAAUCCGUGAGAAAGGUGUGGGGGGUUUUGCGUCUUGGUUUUUAUUUUUUAUUUAUUUUAUUCCAGAUAAUCACUGCUCAGACUAAGGAGCUUGUUCUUCCAUUCAAUAUCCUCUUUCCCUCUGCAGAAUAUGUUGUGAGAGCUGGCUGGACACGUGAUGGAAAAUAGUGUGUAUUUACGCCACUUUAUUCUAUCAUAUAGGCAUAGUGCUUCUUCUACUGAUCUUUUGUUGAGUGAAAACUGUAUUUCUUAUUGUUAAAUAUGUCUGUUUUGUUUUUUUUGUGGUUUUUAAUUUCUUUAUUAGCUGGUAAUUUAUUUUAUUUUUUUUUGCAACCACUUUACUGCCCUUACAUGCAAAACAUAAAACAAUUUUCAACUUCUGCACUUGAUAUUUUACCUGGUCUUCCUCUCUUUUCAGUGCAGUAACUUUGCAGCCUAUACCAUGCUUUUCACACUUUUAUUGUCUCUUUGUAAUCUGUUUUCACAUGCAGAAAAAAGCACACUCUUUUUCAAAUGGACACUGUGCUUUUUAUUUUAUUUUUUUGAUAUUUUUUUCUCCAUAGUCCUUAAUGUUAUGCACUGCUUGUCGUUCCUUGCUCUUUUCUAUUAUACCUUUAUGACCAUAUGCACUGUCUAACAAUAGUCACUCUCACUUAUACUUUAGUGCUUGGGCCAUGCUGUUAGAUAGACUCCAACAUCUCAUGCAGUUGGUCUUGCUUCCACCUGAACUCUUCAUCCCAAUGUCUGAAGAUGAAGAAAAGCGGGAGCAGUUUUUAAAGGACGUUCCCCAGCAUAUCCAGCCUCAUGUUAUAUACGAAGAGCGGAGUGACAUCUGGGUUAAUGUAAGAAAUGCUCUUUGUAGGAGCAGGAAUGGCUUUAUUAUUAAAGUAAAUGGGAGAUCUGGAAAAGAUGCGGAUUCCAAAAAGUUAAUCACUCAAAAAGGAGAAUCGGACUCCCUUCUGUUCCUAUGCACUAUACAUGGUAGGAUGUGGGUUACAUUUAUAUAAUGGAUGUUUUUACAUUUGCCCAUCUAUAUAUUAAUUAUUACUGGCAUCUAUAAAGCGCCAACGUAUUCCACAGAGCUUAUUACUAGUGCCCCCAUGCAAUGCUGGAAAACAGACUAAUAUAAUUCAGCCUUUUGCAUCUGUCAAUUAUUUCAAAUGAUUUGUUACAGGGCACACAUGCUUUAUUUUUUCUUUAUCAUUUUCAAUUCUACAUAGUCAAAGACAAACUAAGAGACAUAAAAAUAGCUCAGAUAUCACAAGUUAUCGGGACGAGUAACAAACCCUUUAGUAAAUGUUCUGUCCUCUGAUCAGAGCAGAGGGGAUCACUCCGGGUCCAACUAAACGGACCUCUGUAUUAUUUUGUCAUAAAAUGUACACAACCUAAGCUUUAAACACGGUAUAUUAAGCACCAUAAAAAGAGGGAGGGGUCACUAGGUCUAUGCAACCAGGAGGUAGUUAAAAUGAGGAAUAUUUGUAUUGUUAAAGGGAAUUUGCUCAAUUUUACUGUGCCAGUACUGACAUACGAAGUCCUGUUAAUGUAGUGAUGAUUCAUGUAUGGGAAAGGAAAGAACCAGGAAAUAGGAGGGGGGUGAUGCCUUGGGAUAAUCUAUGUACAUAAAGUAAGGAAAGAGCGAAUGCUAGAAAAGGGAGUAGUAGUGUAGAAAGACAUAGGAGAUAUUAAAGGUGUGCCCAAGUCCCUGUCGAUUUGGAAAAGGAACUAUAAGUUUAGGAAGGGAUCCAAGGAUUAGGAGAGAGGAAAGUGUCCCGAAUGCUACAUAGAGGUUUGCUUACUAAAUGAUAAAGUUGUAAGGUUAAACUGCAUUCCUGAGACUCUCUUAUUUAAUAUAAUCCUUUUUAUUUACCAGAUUCAUGAUAUAUUUCACCCGCUGCCUCAGGAAGUCGAUAGUGAGAUAUCUUUCAUCUGCGGCAGUGAGAGUCAGACGGGAUUCUGUCAUCUUUACUUGGUGACUUCAGUACUGCAGACUGAUCAGAGGAACUGGUCGGAAUUUCCAUUGCCUAGCACUGGUAUGUGAUCUUGUGUAGUGCUAUGUGUCCCCUCCUGCUAAUCUCUCACUCUGCUCUCUCCCAUUUUUUUUCUAAUUCCCAGAACACACUUUCUAAUUUCUUAUCCAUCAUUAAACUCCCAUCAAAUUGUAUUUAUUUAUUUAUUGUAUAUGUGGUUUCCUUUCCAUAGAUACAUUUAAGUGCCAUGUAAGAGAGGAAGUGCCCCUGACAAGUGGAGACUGGGAGGUUCUAGGACGUCAUGGAGCCAAGGUGCUUUUUAAUAAAUAUUGUAAUUUCAUUAGUGCCAAGUUAUAGAUUUUUGUUUAAAAUAAGCCUGAGCACUCAAACUAUUUGAUCUAUUGUACCCACAUUCCAGGUUUUGGUGAAUGAAAAGACGCAGCUAAUUUACUUUCAAGGGACACGGGACACUUCUUUGGAGCAUCACCUGUAUGUCACAAGUUAUAAAAAUCCCGGUGAGGUGGUGAGGCUUACUGAACUGGGAUACUCGCACUAUUGCACAGUGAGCCAGGUGAGUGAGGGUACUUGUUUAAUUCAAAGCAGCUUCCAGAAAAGUAAACAGCUAAAUAGAAAAUAAUAAUUUUUCUAGGUGUAUUAUGUACCCAUGUGAUUGGUUUGGUUUUCUUCAACAGACCUUCGAUAUGUUCGUAACUCAUUAUAGCAGUGUGACAUGCCUACCUUGUGUGCACUUGUACCGACUUCAAGGGGAUCCUCUGCACCAGCAACCUCAGUUAUGUGCCAGCUUGUUGGAAGGAUCAGGUAAGCAUCAUUGAUAUGUGUGACAUAUACUGUAUUUAGAAAGCAGGCCUGCUCUAAAUGUAUCGUUUGUGUUGCAAUUCUAACAUUCUAUCUUCUUAUAUUGUCACUCACCCUUACUUUAGAAGUUUUUUUUUUAUUUAGCAUUAAUCCAAAUAUGUUAUUGCAUUUUGUGUAAGCAAAAUGUAUGUAUUUAUUUACUUAUUGGUAUACUCCCAGGCAUUACAACAUUUUAUACAAAGACCUUGAGUAAAAUCUAGAAUGUAUACAACAUCAGAAAAUGAUAAACCGCACAAAAAAAUUGUAAGACAGUUUGGGAACUGCUGGUGUAGAAAAUAAACGUAAGUAUAUCUUAACAAAAGGGAGUUCUACUUACAAUUUAAAGCGCAAGAACCUGCUCUAGUAGUAAAAGUCCUUGUUGGUAUAAUCCCCAACAGGAAGUUGGGCAGCACAAAAAUAAAAAAAAUUAUAUAUAUAUAUAUAUAUAUAUAUAUAAAUGUCGUAUGUGUGUAUGUUAUAUAUUUGUGUUCGGGGCAUUCUCAUAUGAUCUAGCAUAAGAUGGGUUGUAGUGAUGUAGCUUUAGGAAUAAUCGGUUGAGGUGUGCCGGUAAAAGGUGGGCUUACAUAGAGGAAAUAUGAACAAUGGGAGUGGAGGGUGGGGCUACUCGUCUGACCAUCAAAGGUAAGUAGGGAAAAGGGGUAGUCCCUUUUUAUAGGCCCAUCCCACAAUAUAGGCCCAUCCCACAACUUCAGGCCAUGCCUUCCAAUCUGUGUUCGGGCAUUCUCAUAUUAUAUGAUAUAGAAUAAGAUGGGUUGUAGAGAUGUAGCUUUAGGAAUAAUCGGUUGAGGUGUGCCGAAACCGACGUAUGCUGUAGGCUGGUAAAAAGUGGGCAAAAAGACAUAUUAAUGCAAAACAUUAUACAGGAUCAUAGUGCAUUUGUUAACCAUUAGGUAGACAUUUUAAUGAAAGCUUCCUAAUUCCUACAUCGGCUGUGGUAUGUAAGUCGCAUAAGCCUAUGAUUCCCAGUGGCCCCGUGUCUUAACGUGUGCGGGGAUGUCUUGGGUAUAUGCCGUGGAGGCUGCUCCUAUCCUAAAGGAGUGCCCUGAGUAGACGCUAGGUUUUAGUUUGAGCCCGGUGAAUGAGUAGGUUAACAGUGCAUGAACUUACCUGUGGUAAGGACAGUAUCGUACACCGACAGUAAUGGUUCAGUGGUGCGUAUGGUGGCGUGCCCAAGAACGUAACCAGUACCUUAACCGGGCACCCAGCAUUGCUUGUAAGGUAGUAGGUUAUAUGCACUGGCUCGCCCAUCUGACUCGUUUUAGGAAGGGACCGGACAUAGUGGUCUGUGUGUUUUAGAAGAUAAGAAGUCAACAGGCACUCUUGUUUAUGAUGUUGGCCACUGAUAGUGUGUUAUUUUUGCCCUGAGAAAGCUGUUAAAGGCUAGAUGGGUAGCAGUUUUGAUAACUGCAUUGGUGCGUGGCUCGGAAGGUGCAUGGUCUAGUGGUUCUGACAUGGUUUUAACAUUGUAUGUCUAUGGCCAGUAUUUAGUUUUAGCGGGAACGUCCGCUUGGCUGUGUCUCUAAGUAAGGUACGGAUGGUGUAGGAUGAUAGGAACCCUUGUUGUUUGGGAAAGAGAAAUACAUAUAGUGUUGAAUGCCCGUGAGAUAAACUUUAACCAUGUUGUGCGAGAAUUAUUAACUUAAGGUGGCAAAAAGAGGCGAAGGCCAUAAGUGGUGAAACCUCAAACCAGCUAUUUAAGUGAUGGUCCGACAUGAAACGUAUUGUAUAAGUGGAAAACCCUGUAGCAAGCGUGUUGAGUGCUGGUGGACAAAGCCAGUUUAGUCAGAGCCCGGCUAUGUUGGCGAGGUUCAUGUAAUCCAUGGCCUUAAAUGACCCCCCUGCCAUGGCGGUUGUCACGGCAGCUGCCACAAUAGUUUACCAUUACGUGUGGUUAAGAAAGUCCACCAUAUGUGUAGGUCUGCCGUGGCUUGGUUGUCUAGUGACAGCCACUGAUCAUCAUGUGGGAGAGUGGAGAAAGCAAAGUUGUCUGAGAUGAAAGCGCGGCCUGCGGUCUGGUGCGCAUGGCAAAAUUUAAGGAACCUGGUAGGGAUUGUAGUUCCAUGCAGUUGCAAGUACCAAGCAGGAGGUGGUAAUUGGUGGUGUUGUGACUGUUCCUAUUUCUCACGUGGUAACUUGUUGGCAUGGAUGCCGAGUCAAGUUGUAUGCCUAGGAAUGUAAUGAUAGUGUAUGGGUCUUCUGUGACCUUAGGGAAUACUGGGACACCCAAGUGUUCAGACAUAGUAAUGGCUUCCUUAAAGCUUCUAGAGGGAAAGACGUUCCCUUUGACCAACAAGAAAUCAUCUCGGGAGUGUAUGACUGUGGGGCAUCUGAAUAUGUUUAACCACAACCAGCAAAGAGUUCAACGAAUAUAUUGAAGAUUGUGGGCUGCUCUUUCCCCUAAAGUUAAGCGGGAGAAGAAAUAUUAACUGCUGCCCAUAAAUGCCCUGUAAGUGCCAGUGUAGGGUGGAUGGUGGCAGUCUGAAAUGCGUUUGUGAUAUCAGUUUUACUUAACAAGGCUCCCACCCCCCGCUUGAGUGAUAGCUGUAAUGGUAUGAACAAUGGUGGCAUACUGUAAUGAAAACUCCUCGGAGGGUAUGAGGGAGUUGAGACUUUGGGUAGCCGAGGCGUGAGGUGUAGAGAAAUCUAUGAUCAGUUACAGUGUGAGGGAAGAUUCCCUGUGACAAUCGCAAUGGGAUUGCGCCACGCUGUAAAUGGUGUAGAUCGGAGAGACCAAGGUAGAAAUCUUUCUGCCAUUUCUUGGGCCAUGAGUGUAAUGCCAGCUGUUGGAUGCUGCUGUGAUGACUGCAAGUUAGGGCAUUCUAGAUUCCUCAAAAGUAUAAGGCAAUACCUAUACGGAAGACCUUUAAAAAUCGGAGAUUAGGAAAUCAACUAAAUGUCUGGAAGGGUGAUGAGUUAGAAAGUACUGGAAAUGCAUAAUGUUUACAGAUGUGAAGUAAGGUUCAGGGUACAUUUAUUUGGACACAUGGUAUUGCAUGUGCCCUGACAUAUUGAGAACAUAUCUGCAACAGUCUGCAUGCACUGAAACUACAUGUACCAACAUGGAAAUUGUUGCAAAUCUGGGAUUUGCCAAAGAGAAUGAGACGACCCAAUUUGUCUCUGGUAGUUCUCUACGUACUACCAAAGGUGCUAGAGCCUGGAGCCUGAAACUUGAUCGUCCGCUGUGUUGGGACAAAACUGUCAUGUGGGACUAGCAACAUUUCCUCCAAGUGAAAGUGUGUUGACUUUAGCUGGAGUGUUAGGUAGAGAGAAGUCCUUACCACCUGCUUGAUACAUACUAAAAAAACAUGAAGAUGGUCAUUAUUAUAUGAACCCACAGUGUGCUAGUACUGGCUUGCUAGCUAAAGCCGCAUGGCGAAACAAUAAAUCCUUUGGUGACAGAUGAGGCCCUGCUAGUUGCCAAGUGGCUUGAGAGGCUCUAUCUAUGCAAUGGUGCAAAGGAGAUUUUUGUGGCCACCAAACGUAGUGGCAGGAUGUUGGCCUCUUGUUGACUGUAACCAGAAAAAGGGGGAAGGGAGUGACAGGUAAGGCCCUCUCUAUAUACCAUGCGAGGUGGCCAGCUCACGAGUGGCCCGAUGGGUGUUUGCCUCCUAGCGUUGAGGCGGGGUGUUGGCCUCACGGGACCACUAUACGACAGGCGUAGAUGCCAAGAAAGGAGAAAUACCUAUUGGAAACCUAUAGUCCCUAAUUGCCAGUACGCUAAGGAUAUACCCAGGGGGAAACAGAAAAUGUAUGUAUAUACCACAUGAGCAGGAGUAUGUACCUAGUAGUAUGAUUAGAUACCCUUACUGGUCGUAAGGGUUAUUAAUACCUGUAUCCCGGACGGGUAAAACAAUGUAUGAAAAUUGAAUGUAGACCGUUAAAAACGUAUACCCAUAUGUGUGUUAUGCAAGUUUAAUAGAGCAAAGUGCUCCGUCCCAAUGUUUAAUUAACUUGUCGGGAGUGUUAUAUCAUGUGUGAUAUGGAAUACAACUGUACCCCGAAACAUGAGUGUAGUGAACCAUGACUGGCAGCUGAAUAACCUAAAAUGUGAAAAUACGUAAUUGGAAGGACUUCUAUUUUAAGCGUGCAAAUAUUCCGUAUUAGAGUCUGGAAUCCUGCAUAGUGCUUUAAAUAGUAUGUGCGUUCUUGGGUAAAUGUAACUAAAUGCCUAUGUAGGCAGUGAUGCAGGAAUGAUUUUAUCAUAGCAAGCAUGCGUUGUAAGGAAGUGUUAUUGUGUAAUUAUAGUGGGAAUGUUAUGAGGGGAAUAACCAUAUGUCUGAAAAGCCUGUAGUAUACCGUUUGACAGAUAAGAGUCAGUAUAAAAGCGAAAAUGCUGUAGUUAGUUUGUUUGCUUAAGAAGUGAAAUAAAGUCUGAGAAGCCUGUAGUAUACCGAUUGACCGGCAGGGGUCAGCAUGUAGGCGAAAAUGCAGUGGUUCGUUGGUUUGUACAUGAAAUGCAAUAAUAUCUGAGAAGCCUGUAGUACACUGAAUGACUGGUAGGGGUCAGUGUGUAGGCGCAAAUGCAGUGGUUCGUUGGUUUGUACAUGAAAUGCAAUAUUAUCUGAGAAGCCUGUAGUACACUGAAUGACUGGUAGGGGUCAGUGUGUAGGCGCAAAUGCAGUGGUUGGUUGGUUUGUACAUGAAAUGCAAUAUUAUCUGAGAAGCCUGUAGUACACCAAAAGACCGGUAGGGGUCAGUGUGUAGGCGAAAAAUUGUAUUUCGUUUGUAGUUCUAACCAAACAGAUUUUAACCCAAUAGAUUUUAACUAAAACAGAUUUUAAACAACAGAUUUUAACAUAAACAGCUAGGUGAGUAUAAGGUAACGAAAUAACCGUGCAAAACGAAAGGAAACCGUAAAGUGAGGACCCGUGCUGUGCUGAACGCCGUGGGAACUAAUCCUGGUGUGACAGGUGGGUCAACUUACGGUUUGAGAGUCCCUGAGACCCCAAAUGCAAUGCUGACCAGAGAGAAAGCCACUAGAUUAACGGAAAGCCCUGCUGCAGGAUUCCUGGACACAGCUUGGAGUAGGAGACCUCUUGGAGCAAAGGUGAAACCAAAAUGGCAUCUUGUAUGACCUGGAAGUGGAUCUCAUGCAAAUGCUGACCUCGAACAGGCUAUUCGUCUGACCAACAAAGGUAAGUAGGGAAAGGGGGGAGUCCCUUUUAUAGGUCUAUAGCCCCUCCCACAAUUUCAGGCCAUGCCUUACAAUAUAUGUGUGUGUGUGUAUAUAUAUAUAUGUAUAUGUAUGUAUGUGUAUAUAUAUAUAUAUAUAUGUAUAUGUAUGUAUGUAUAUGUGUGUGUGUGUGUAUAUAUAUAUAUAUAUAUAUAUAUAUAUAUGUAUAUUAUACCAGGGAAUUAACUUUUAUUGUAUUAUCUAACAGUGUAAAUAAUAAACAGAAUACAAAUAAUUAAGCGGUAGUAAAUAAUGGGCUCCAAUACCACACUUAAGGUGUUUCUCCUGACAGGGCUUUUUCAGAAGUGAAAUAAGUCCUGUAAUAUUCAAGUUUAUAUAGGUGGCAAUUAAUCACUCAGUGAAAUCAGAUGUCCAUUGGGAGCGUGCUGAUCUACUUCCUGUAUUUCUUCGUGUUGCCCUGAAGUGAUGAGUAGCAACUCCCUUGAGUUUUCUAUAGACGCAGGGCGCUGUCGGACUUCUUGCUUAUAGUGUUCUAUUUGGCAUAUGCAUGUAACGGGGAAGCACUGAGGGUGCCGUCGUGGCAAGCAUUCUGGGGCUUCUAGUGUCUGGUUCAGUAUAUACACGUCACAGGAAGUGAUGUAGUUCAUCCCAACAGGAAAUGUCCAGUUUACCAUAUUGGUUAAUGCCAAUCACAUGAAGAUAUACACACAAAUAUAAAACAUUCAUCGAUAAUACAAAGAAAUUACCCUUUUAGGAGAAUACAAUUAAAAGAGUAAUAUUAGCAAGUAGAUUUACUUAUAUAGUUAUAAUAUUUAGUUAUCUUAAAUUAAAAGUUAUUAUUUAAAUAGUACUACAAAUAUGUUAAGACCAUUGUAUAAUGAACAGACUGCAAAAUAGAUUCUAAAGGUUUAACAUGAUGGUAUUCAUGUUAAAACUAAAAUGGAAGUUCUGGUUGGGAAUAUCAGCUGACUUAAUGGUAAGUUGAAGACUGGAAACAGAGUGGGCAUCUGGGGGAGCAAAGUAGGUAUCAAACUGUUCACAAAAGGUUUGAUCCUUUAACGUGCCAAGGAACUCCUUUCACCAUAACAACUAUCAAGGACUCUUCUGGCUAUAGUACUUGGAGCAGGGCUUGACAAAACCCAGACGCCAUGGUGACUAGGAAUUUUGUCCUGGCGCCUAGGUGUUUGUUAGCCGUUUAGUUCAUGCUCAGUGACGAUGGAGGUGGCGGCGAAGGAUAUGACCUCUUUGUAGCUGAGCUCCAGUACUCCAACCGAGUACUUCUGCCAAGUCUGCUUCCUCGUAGAUAUCAGGGACACUGGAGCACUUUUAGACCUAGUCGACGUGGAUGGCUGGGAUCACUGAGGGUCUUUUCCACACUGGACCAAACACCAGACAACACAUGGUGAAGGUUAAACAGCAACUCUUUAAUAACCACAGCACACAUUUUUAAGCCCCCAACAAGCUCAUUUACAUACAAUAGGUUGAUAAGAGCACUACAGUACAAGGAAAGGUAGGGUCAGACAAUAGCAAGGGCUGAUGGGAGAUUGAGGGACAGGGCAGCUAGUUCAAACUGGCUGAGAGUGUCCCAUGGACAAAGCCCUGCUGGGUAAACAAUAGGACAGGAAAAAGGGGGAGGAGGAGAGGCACAGACAAGUAAUACAUUCAGCAUACCCUGAACCAAUAGUGGGCACAGGGUGACCAAAACACAAAAGGAAUCUGGGGACUCACACAUGGUAUCUGUCUUCCAUCCCCAGUGAUGGUGACUACCAUCACACUCUUCCUGCUCUUUCUCUUUUACCUUGCGCGCCCUGAUGUGAGGACAGUAGCUGCAAUAUGAUGUCACUGGGCCAGUCAUCACCAAAUGGCGCGUGAGGGAGCAAAACAAGAAGAGCAGGGAGAUAAUGUGCAGCCCCACCGGAAAAAGGAUAGGGAGGCUGGGCAGACUUAAAGUAAAUGCGUGUGAGUAGGUCAGUAACUCUGCGUGAGUGUCUGUUUAAGUGACUGUGUUUUUACUCUUUUUUUUUCCCCACACUGUGCUGCUCUCACCACGACUGCCCUCGCCUCCAUGGCUGAGAUAAUUCAAUUAUUUCCAAAGCAUUGGGAGGCUAUUGUACAUGUGUAUCAAAAUGCCACACUGCCCCAAUUAGUAAAAUAGAUGUUUUCAAUCAAUGCAUGUCUAUGGGGAACAUUUCAGCGCCUCAAUGCAGUGUGUGGAGAUGCUGAAUGUUGGUGCUGCACAUUGUGCAUUACUGGACAAGGAAGCACCUGUAGUAGCAUUGUGAGUGAAUGUCACUAAAAGGAAGUGUUUACAUUGAAAAUCCUGUAGGGACCUGCUAUAGACAUCAGAACCACUACAUAAAGUUGUAGUGGUCCUGGUAAUUAUAGUGUACCUUUAAGAAUUGAAAACAAAACCCUAUUGGCUUUAAAAAAUAAAUAAAAUAAAAAAACUGGCUCAUAACUCAUGCUAAUACUGUAUAUAUAUUUUUUUUCCAUCUCCUUCUAAGUGGUUCUAAUAUGCGCUUUAUUUUACAGGAACUAAUUUUACAUUCUUUCCCUUAUGUACCCAAGCUGAAUGUUGUUGUCAUAACGGUUCUUCUGUGUUGUUCUACAAUAAGGUUUAUGAAUUUCUUAUCACAAUAGGCUAUCCCCCAUACUAUGUUCCCCCUGAGAUCUUCAACUUCGAGACAUCUUCCAAGAUUAAACUCUUUGGUAUGGUUUAUAAACCACACAACCUCAGCCCAGGAGCAAAGCACCCAACUGUAUUGUUUGUCUACGGUGGUCCACAGGUGAGAGAAAAGAUGUUUCAUUUUUUUUAUUAUCUUUUUAAUCUUCUCGUUUUUUUUUUUUGUUUUUUUUUUACCUGUGAGAGUUUGCAUUUAACCUCUAAAGCCAAUAAAUAUAACUUCCCAAAAUUCACAUUUGAAAUUUUAAUAACUGCACUGAAUGUUUGUUUUUUGUCAUUUUCUCUUUGCUAGUAUUGCAUAGAAAAAAUGUGUCUGUGUAGAUAACGCAAGCUUGAGUUGUUUCCAGCUACAAAUUGUCGUGUCUUAAUUAGACCUCAACAAAACUGUUCACAAAUCAACCUAAACGAUUAUCUACAGUUGUGUUUAAAAGUUUACAUACCCUGGCAGAAAUAUUAAAGUUUGGCAUUGAUUUUGAAAAUAUAACUGAUCAUGCAAAAAUAAUAUCAGUGAUUAGUCUGUGUCUACAACUGAAUUGGAUCUUAAAGGGACACUCCAGGCACCCAGACCACUUCUGCCCAUUGGAGUGGUCUGGGUGCCAACUCCCACUACUCUUAACCCUGCAAGUGUAAUUAUUGCAGUUUUUUAUAAACCGCAAUAAUUACCGUGCAGGGUUAACUCCACCUCUAGUGGCUGUCUGCUAGACAGCUGCUAGAGGGCACUUCCUGGUUCCUAGCACAGGAAACCUGUGCUAGAGUGUGGCUGGACGUCCUCACGCUGUGUGAGGACCUCCAGCGUCGCUCAUUUCCCCAUAGGAAAGCAUUGAAAUGCAUUUUCAAUGCUUUCCUAUGGGAAGCGCUAAUGCGCGCCGCGCAUGCGCAUUAGGUCUCCCUGGCCGGUGGGCGGGAUCAGUCUCGCCCACCGGCCAACGCAGUCAGAAAGAGGCGCGGAGGGAGAAGCAGCGACGUGGGACAUCGUCGCUUCCUCAGGAAGUUACUGAAAGUGUUUUCACCCCUUCAGCAACCGGGGAUUGGGGGGUGGGAGGGAGAGGGAACCUGCAGUGCCAGGAUAGCGGAUUGUUUUCCUGGCACUGGAGUUUCCCUUUAAGCGAAGGGGAUAUUCUAGUAAAUCGUAGAAGGGGUAGAGAGAAUCCUAUAGAAUGAAGUUAUAGUAAGAUUUAAUUGAGGUAAAAAUAUCUCUUAUAACCCAUAUAAUGGAAAAAAUUACUAUAUUUACCCCAUGGGGAUAGUAAACAAUUAUUCACCAAACUGGUAUUUGUGGCAGUAAGUAGCAGCACACCCCAAAUUGAAUAUUGAAUCAACCGGGCAGCUAGCUUUUUAGAAAUUUAAACUUUAAUAGAUGUUGCACCAAUUGUAAUACCCUCGUGAGUGAUUAUACAUUCAUCAGAUGUCCAAACUAAAAGGAUAGUACAAACUAAUGUGCACCACUGUGGAGGUGCAUAUAGGUAAUAACCAAGCCAAAAGUUGGGUUGGGGUCUGGUGGUAUAAUAACUAAUUUCCAGAAUUGGUCAGAAAUCGGAGAUGGCAACUGUCAUCUCAGGAUUUAAUCUAGGCAGCCAGAGCAACCAAGACAGAACACCCUUAGUCCCCAAAAAAAAAGAGCUGAUAUUUAAAUAGUAUUGUAGACGUCUGUGAGAGUAGAAAAUAAUUGCAUUCAAUUGCUGAGUAAUGGAGACCGGUAAGUCUCUCAAAGGGAACCCUCCUCGUAUAAGGCUAUAGGAGAUUUGGGGUAAAGGGUAUCCCUAGACGGAAACAACCAAACUAACAUUAAGCUAGUUCUGAAGGGCUAGUCUUCCUGUCACUGCGAAUGACUUCUUUUUAGGACCACCGCUGUCUUUCAUUUUUUCCUCCCCCUUCGAGGGGUUGGAUUGGGGAGCACUCUUUUGCUGAGUAUCUUCAGUACUAUUCACUCCACUUAUUCAAGGUGUACAUUUAAGUGGGUACUAAGCAGCAGUGAAUGACAGCUGGAUGGCAUUCAUUCAGUGGUUGAGUGAUCUCCGCUAACGAAUGACUCCCUGUGACAGGAUUAACAUUAGCAAGUCCGGAACUUUGGCAGCAAGGUAAAUAUCUUGGUAUGUGCAGCAUUUCAGUAUGAAAUAGUCCUUGAACCAAGAACACUGAAAUUAACUUGGUGCUUUGAGUAAUCCUUUAAUACUAUGUUUAUUACUUAUAUACGGUAAUUAAAAAAGGCAUUUGGUUUUUAAAAUCACUAGAAUUCUACUUGAUGCUGCGCCACCCCAUUUAUGCCUUGUACAAAUGUCCUUGAUGUGCUGGGCAGUGAGCAAUCAAAUGCUUCUCAUAGAGAAGCAUUAUAGACACCAUGAGCGCUUACUCAGAUAAAGGUUUAGUGAAUCUAUUGCGAAUACAUAAUAUUCACAGUAAUGUGGUGGAAUUGGUUGCGAAAAUGUAGUUUUCCAGUGAUGGACAUGGCUGGAAGAAUUCUUUUUUUUAUUUUAUUUUUUGUGGGUGGGGGUUGGGUUCUUCUUCCUUUGAAACAUUAAUUUAUUAUUUCUUCAGUACUUUUUCCUAAAGUAUGAAUGAGGGCUGUGUGAGUCGCAGCCAAGGGGAGGUGUGGCUAGGGCUGCAGAAACAGACAUUUCUUGCUGAUAUUUUCAAAUUGUGUAUAAAUAUAGCUUGCAUUGUAUUUGUCAACCCCUUAGAAGUUAAAAAUGUUUUGUUCUAUGUGAUUGACCCUUAUUGUUAAGUUGGCACUCUGUGUAGUGGUGUGUUUUUUUUUUUUGUUUUUUUUUAUUUCUUUUAUUAUUUAUUUUUUAUUAUUACUAUUGUAAUUUGCAAGUUACUGGAACUGACUACAACUGAUCAGUGUGCCAUGAUUUUAUGGCAUUAAUAUAUUUUAAUGCUAAAUCCUUUGCAGAUAUGCUUUUUGUUAAAGCUCUCGACAUUCAGAUCAAACCACAUUAUAAUACGAGUUGAAUGAAUGAACUCUGUUGGUGAAAUGCUGUAAAUAAUUUAACACGUUUCACAAGUAAAUCUCUCUUUUCUUUUAGGUGCAAUUGGUGAAUAACUCCUUUAAGGGAAUUAAGUACUUGCGGUUGAACACUCUAGCACACCUUGGAUAUGCAGUAGUUGUGAUCGAUGGUCGAGGUUCAAGUCACAGAGGGCUGACUUUUGAAGGAGCUAUCAAAAACAGAAUGGUUAGAGCAAUUUUACCACGACAACGUUUCUUUUUAUCUAUCUUCUUGCCUGUGUACUUUUCCUCCAUUACCCAUUUUUUACUGUGCCCAUCAGGGUCAAGUUGAGAUUCAAGACCAAGUGGAAGGUUUGAAUUAUGUUGCAGAGAAGUAUGGAUUUGUGGAUCUGGAACGUGUAGCAAUUCAUGGCUGGUCAUAUGGAGGCUAUUUAUCUCUCAUGGGUAUUAUCCAGAGACCAGAUGUUUUCAAGGUGAGUGUGUAGCUUGUGUCUGGAGUUAGAUUAAUUAGCAACGUGAGAGAGAUCUUUCAUGGCAGUCUAGAUGUGCUUUAAAGGACAGGACUGUGACGUUCGAACAACACAGAAGUCUCUGAUUACUUGUAGUCAGGAAAAGCUUUGGUAAGUGACCUCUCAUAACUGGCUAGGCAAUACUUUCAAUCAAGAAUAUCCAUUCAAUAAUAUGGUAACAGGAUAGACGGUUCUCCAACGGAACGGACAUUUUAAAAAAUUAGUUCUGAUAGGAACAAUAAUGCUGGUGACGGCAAUAACGUUCACCGGAUACACCACCACUGCAAGGCAUCUUCACAAGGGAAAUUUCUUGCAGUACAUAGGAAUGGUGUAUGAUGUUGCAUCUCACUACAUUGUAACACUGCUUCUUUAAAUCAUUAACUGACCUUGCACACUUGAGGUAAUGAAAGAGCAGUAUGUCACUUGGAAGGUCAUCCACACAUUGUAGCACCAGAGAUGCCCCAAAUAUGCCGAAUAGACAGUGGGGUGGCUAAGGAGACUGGAAGAAGGAAUGGAUGAGUGGGUUUAGUUGGGUUGUAUUAUUGCGCGAAACAAAUGAAAUUAUAUUGAACACGUUUUUAUAUUGAUAUACUUUUAAAUUCUGCGGGAAAAGGUCACAUAAUGGAUACUGUUACGCCUAGCUUGAUGUAAGUUAUGGAAAUCUUCUUUAGGUUGCCAUUGCGGGUGCUCCAGUUACUUUGUGGAUGGCAUAUGACACAGGGUAUACAGAACGAUAUAUGGACACACCAGAAAAUAACCAGACUGGUUAUGAUGCAGGAUCCGCAGCGUUACUUGUGGACAAACUUCCCAAUGAGUAAGCAUCUAGACCAUGUCACAAUCUCUUGAUCUCCAUUUUUAUUUUAUUUUUUUAUUUUUUAAUGUUUUAUUUUUACUUUAAAUUUUAUUACAUUCUAACAGGCCUCAUCGUCUCCUAAUCCUUCAUGGUUUCCUGGAUGAGAAUGUACACUUUUUUCACACAAAUUUCCUUGUGUCCCAGCUGAUUCGAGCAGGAAAACCAUACCAGUUACAGGUACCAUUACGUUUUCAGUAGUGUUACACUGUAUGUCUGAAAAGGUCCAUUAAAGGAACUCAUAUUUCAAAAACUGCUUUAUCUUAAGGAAAUGGUUUUGUGUCUUUUAUUGGGAAAUUGUAAAAACACUGCAGUUUCUUAAAGUAUUAACAUUUAUCUGAUAGAACGCCCCUUGUGGCUGUCAGGCUAAUGGACACUGGGGGUUCUUUCUCAUGAAAACCUUUGAAAAUCAGUUAAACCUCAUCAUAGCAUGAACAGAACACACUUAAUUCUUCUCAUUGGAUUCAAUCCUUCUCCAUCUGAUUGAGCUAGACAAUUGCUGUGUAUGUGCCCUCUGUCCCUAAUGCUCCUGUAGGAGAAACAUUGGAUUGGACUUUAGUUAUCAUUACUAAAGUCCUCUUUUUAGGCUUGAUACUGGCUCCGUAUUGAAUUAAAUAUGAGUUUAAUAAAGAUUUUUAACUUUUUUAAUUUAAAAAAGAAAAAGUGUGGGGUGGGGUAUGCAGGAAAUGCUAACAUUAAAAUUAAAUAACCACACCACUCCGAAACUCCUAAUAACUGCUCCUUUAACUGCUUCAUAGCUGAGGUUACCGCACCCACCUUUCUUUGCAUUUGCAGAAGCAUUCUUAUUAUUUUUGCUGCAAUUCCAUAUCUGUUUAUGGAGUGCACCAUGCAUGUUAUGUAUUCUAAUUUUUUUUAAUUUAUAUAGCACCAGCAAAUUCCAUACCGCUCUACAAUGGGAAUGGGAAUAUUGGUUUUUCAAGUGCAGAAUAUGCAUUUUUAUGUCCUUUUAUGUAUAUUAAAAAAAAAAAAAAAAUAGAUUAGCUUUGUAAGAUCUUUGAAAAGGAAGAAAUCUAAACCGUUUCACUUAUAACUUUUUAAAAUUUAGUAGAAAUAUCUUGGGUAAAAAUUGGUUGUCAUUACUGAUUGUAAGAGUCUCUUGUCCCAUACCACUUUGAGCUUUAUUAUGUGGAUUGUUUUAAGAUUUUUUUUGUCUUUCCAUAGGCAAUUUAACAAAAAAAAAAUUCGGAUCCACUUUAAUGUAAUAUCUUUAAUUCUCCUUUUUAUUUAAAUCAAUUUUUUUUUUCUUUGUGAAUAUCAUAAUUCUGAUGUGACCCAAUGCAGAAAACUCAUUUGUCAGCUACAUAGUUCUGAUAUUGCCUCUCGGGUUAUAUCACAUGGAGUGUUGCAUAUUUCCACGAGGCAAUUUAAAGGGUCAAUUCAGGAUGGAUGGAGCCCACAUUUAAACGGACAUUAUAGUCACUCACACCACUUUGUCUCAGUUUAGUGGUCUGGGUGCCAUGGCCCUUUCCUUUUAACCCUGCAAUGUACUUGGUAAGUGUGAUCAAGCAGUAAUAGAUCUAAGCCUAUCCACAAAUUAGAUUCAAACUGUAAUCUUAGUCUAACACUCAUGAAUCACAUAUUGACUUCUGUCAUUAACCCUUGGAUGUGAUUGUGAUUGUUUCCCAUAGUGAUUGCAUUUCUUUGAGAGCCAAUCAUUGACUAUUUCUGGACUGCCUGAUUUGCAGAAAACAUAGGACCACAAUUGCUGCCUUAUUGCUGAAGCAUGUGACUGCUGCGAUAGUCUCCUGAAGUGAUUACAAGAGUGGUACAGCCUACGAUGGCAUAAGGCACCCAGCAGUAGCUUGGUACACUCUAGGAUUGGCUUUUGCCAGAGCUUCCAGUCAUUUGAUACUACUUUUUAAUAUCAAAAGGCAAGCAAUAAUCAGACAGUGACUCAGGUGGACUAUUAAUGGAAUCACUAGUCUAUAGAUCUGCUGACCCAGGGCAUUUAAACCAAGGGACUUACAGGUUGUGUAUGAACUUGGUGGCAAUGAUGAGUCCAUGCCUCACUUGUUUGGAGAUUAAAGAGCAUGAAAGGUUUGUUCUUACUGCUGUCAGUUCAGUCAAUUGCUUAAUGGUGUGUGUUUUGUUUUUUUCUUCUUACAGAUUUACCCAAAUGAAAGGCAUAGUAUUCGCUGCCCUGAGUCUGGAGAGCAUUAUGAGAUAACCUUAUUGCAUUUCUUGCAAGAACAUUUGUGAGAGCAUAUAAAGUUGCAAGGACAUGUGACCUGCAGUUUACAAGACCGAAGCCAGUGACCUAGCUGGAACAGAAAUGUUAAAAUGGUACCCUGCAAGAAGAAAGGCUGAUUGCUUAGCUGUGAGAGAAGAAACAUAUUGAUGGGAAUCGUCGAGCCACAAAGUACAGAAUAUUGUAUUCGAUGUUCAAAAAUAAGAGUGACCAAGGAAGAUACAUACAGAAAGUAAGACCAUAAACAGGAAGAAAAGUCUACAAACUGAGGACCUCGAACCUGGAAUUGCUCUGAAUGUGUUUUUUGUUUUUCUUAAAUCUUGUUUUUGAGGGAUGCAUGCAUACUUGACCCUAGGCUAUGUGAACAAUACAAAGAGGAUGACAAUGUUUAUUUGGGCAUGUCUACAACAUGUUUUUUGUUUUUUUUAGACAUCUGUUCAAGGACUGAACUGCUUUAUCUUAUCCUCUCACUGCAUUUCAUGCCUGUCCCAUAACUGGAUGAGUCUCUGUAGGUUGGAUUAUGCCAGAAAUUGCUGUGUAUUCCCCCACCCCCCUAUCUGCUCUCAGGACCAGUCAUCAUGUUCUUUCCCAACACACUGACUUAUUUUUCCCCAUCUAUUUAACUUUUGAUCACCAAACUGAACUGACUUUCAGAGCAUUAUAUGGUCUACUAACAGAAUAGUUCUGUUUACCUGCUGGCAACUGCCUCAGUCCUAUGCAGUGUGCAUACACAAUACCCCAUGUAUUUUAACUACUUAUUGUGAAAGGUAAUAUUUUUAUUGAUUCUUACUCUUUUGUAACUGGCGACUGUUACAAAUAAUUAAAUAUUAGGAUUUAUUUGUGCUGCCUAUACUCGUAUGCUUGUGUUCCACCAAGCUUUAUGUGCAACUAGUGUUUUAGUGAAUUAUCAAAUUUAGACCAAUCUGGAAGCAUAGCGGAAUUUCUCUAGUUAAGCAAUUUCUGCCAUAAAUUUGAAAUUAAUUAUUUCCUUUUUUAAAUUUGAAAUUAACUUUGAAUUCUCACUUUAGUGAAUAUGCACUGUUGAUGCCAGACUGAAGACUAGGAGUCCUUUUGUAAAAGCUCAGCAAAUUUUAGAAGAGACCUGUGAUAUUUGUUGCAAACACCUCGGAAAAUCACAGGGUGGUUCUGCUUUUAUGAAACACACAGCCUAUUAACUGGUUAAACCAAGAAACCAGAAGGGUUCAUGUGCCUCCUGCUUUUAUAUCAAUUUUGUUAUCAAUCAAAAUUAUAACAAUUUUGAGAAUUUGGCUAUCUUUUACUUUGUCUUAUUUGUAAAAAUUUACCUAUAGAAGUCUAUCUCUUUUUUAAACAGGCAGACAGGGUUUUCUUUUGAUACCUUUCAUAUAUGUGUCAUCUUUUACUAUGAAUAAAAAA